CGAGGUCGACUCAAACGAUCGUUUGGCUUACCUCUCGGUGUACGAAUCCACUAUGGACGCCAACACCAUACUGUCUUUCUACUCUGUUUCAUCCAUCAUUCUCCCUUCCCUAAGUCUUGAGGUCGUAUCGCUGCCUCCUGGCAUUCCUGUCGGGUAUUCCCAA